GACAGACAAGACAGCAGCUCAGCUCAGAGUCACUGCUGCCAACACAGAGGCAGACAUGGUGUCAAUCAAAGCCACAGUGGCGGUGCUCACACUCCUCUCCGCUUGUCUGCCGGCAUAUGCAUAUACAGGACAUUAUGGAUGUUGCCAAAAUUACAUGACAACCAAAAUACCAUUUAUGAGAAUCAAGGGGUACUCGGUCCAGACUGUCACAGAAAUGUGUCAUAUCAAUGCCAUCAUUUUCCACACAAAGAAGGGUAAAGCAUGCAUGAAUCCUGCUCUCAACUGGGUGAUGGAUUUUGUCAACCGUUUAAGGAAUAAAGCACAAAUGGUUCACAACAAGACGUCAAAAGUGCAGAAGUAGUUAUUCUGCUUGUUAAAGAGGGAUAUGGAGCCCAAACUGUUCCACUUAUAAAUAAUGUUCCACAGGUUUGUUAUUCUGUGAACUCCUGGUUGAAGCUAGUAUAAUAACACUGCUGAUAAUUAAAAAGAAAAAUUCAAUA